GGCUCGGGUGCGCCGGAAGCCGCGCCCACUUUGACCGCAAGGGCUGCCGGGACGGCCCCCAUCUUCUUUACGCGCCGUGGGCAAGCCGGCGUCUCAGAGGAGUGCAGACGCUGCUGGUGACCCUGUGGCGCGUUUCUGUGGGGCCAGGAACUGAAAGAUAGUCAGAAUGGCUGAAAAUGGUGAUAAUGAAAAAAUGGCUGCUCUGGAGGCCAAAAUCUGUCAUCAAAUUGAGUAUUAUUUUGGAGACUUCAAUUUGCCACGGGACAAAUUUUUAAAGGAACAGAUCAAACUGGAUGAAGGCUGGGUACCUUUGGAGAUAAUGAUAAAGUUUAAUAGGUUAAACCGUUUAACGACAGACUUUAAUGUAAUAGUAGAGGCCCUGAGCAAAUCAAAGGCAGAACUCAUGGAAAUAAGUGAAGAUAAAACUAAAAUUAGAAGAUCUCCAAGCAAACCCCUCCCUGAAGUGACUGAUGAGUAUAAAAAUGAUGUAAAAAACAGAUCUGUUUAUAUUAAAGGCUUCCCAACAGAUGCAGCUCUUGAUGACAUAAAAGAAUGGCUAGAAGAUAAAGGUCAAGUACUAAAUAUUCAGAUGAGAAGAACGUUGCACAAAGCAUUUAAGGGUUCAAUAUUUGCUGUAUUUGAUAGUAUUGAAUCAGCUAAAAAGUUUGUUGAGACCCCUGGCCAGAAGUACAAAGACACAGACCUGUUAAUACUUUUCAAGGAAGAUUAUUUCACCAAAAAAAAUGAAGAAAGAAAGCAAAAUAAAAUGGAAGCUAAAUUACGAGCUAAACAAGAGCAAGAAGAAAAACAAAAGCUAGCAGAAAAUGCUGAAAUGAAAUCUCUGGAAGAAAAGAUUGGCUGCUUGCUGAAAUUUUCAGGAGACUUAGAUGAUCAGACGUGUAGAGAAGAUUUGCACACCCUUUUCUCAAAUCAUGGUGAAAUAAAAUGGAUACACUUUGUCAGAGGUGCCAAAGAGGGAAUAAUUCUAUUUAAAGAAAAAGCUAAGGAAGCACUGGAUAAAGCAAAAGAGGCCAAUAAUGGUAACCUACAACUAAGGAACAAAGAAGUCACCUGGGAAGUACUAGAAGGAGAUGUGGAAAAAGAAGCACUGAAAAAAAUAAUAGAAGAUCAACAAGAAUCUCUAAACAAAUGGAAGUCAAAAGGUCGCAGAUUUAAAGGAAAAGGAAAGGGAAAUAAAGCUGCCCAGGCUGGGUCUGCUAAAGGAAAAGUACAGUUUCAGGGCAAGAAAACGAAAUUUGAUAGUGAUGAUGAACGUGAUGAAAAUGGUGCAUCUCGAGCAGUAAAAAGAGCAAGAGAAGAAACAGACAAAGAAGAACCUGCAUCAAAACAACAGAAAACAGAAAAUGGUGCUGGAGACCAGUAGUUUGAUAAACAAAUUUUUUAUUCAUUUAAAUUAGAUUUUAAGCUGCUUUUGUCUUUGGAGGCUGUUAAAAAGAAAACCGAAUUAGAUCCACUUCGAUGUCUACCUGUAAGAAAGAAGAUUUUUUUGUUGUUGUUGUUGAACUUGUCUUUUGUUAUUGAAAUAUGUUUUUUAACGUGCAGUUCUGUUUGUGUUCUUUUGGAUUAUUCAACUAUCAAAAGAAACAUUCUUCCAUUAAGUUGCCUUUGUAAUAUGAGAAUGUAUUAAUACAAAGUAAUAAAAUGUAUACUGCAUAAAAAUAAACUAAGUUUUUUUUUUUUUUUUUUUUUAAUUUACCAGCAUAUUGGCUGUUGUGAUUAUAGGCCCAUUCUGUUUUAGUUAAAUAUUUAUCUUCUAUGCUGGCUUUCUGUAUUUACUCAAGCAACUUGAUAACAUUAGAAAUAAUUACUUAUUGUGAAGUGUUUCAGUACUGAAUGUGGAUAAACCAGAAUCAAGAGACUUACUGAUUUUUUUUUAUGAAACUUGUAUGAUGCUGGCAGGUCGUAUCGCAGCUCUAUAAAACAAAAGCCGCCUAAGGAUGAAAACUGUACUUCCACACAUUUACCACCCUUGACUUAAAUAUGGUAGUACUUUCCUAUUUGUAAUUUCCUAAAUAAUCUAUAGCUACCAAUUUCGUAAUAAUCAUGAUUAUCUUUCAGGUUUGGAUUUUAGUAACGGUAGUAAGUAGCUAAUUAUCUUCCUACUAAGCACUCUGUCUAAAUCACAGCUCUCAAAUUUUAAUGUGCAAACAAAUCACCUUCAAAUCAAAUCCUGUUCAAAUGCAGAUUGUAAUUCAGUAUUUCUAGGUGGAGCCUGAAUCCUGCAAGUCUGACAAGCUCCCAAGGGAUGUCAAGGCCGAUGGUCCAUACUUGACAACCACACUUGGAGUAGCAAGGCUCUGGCUUGGUAUACUACUAUUGGAACUGUUCUAAGGUCUCCAUUUUGCAUAUUAUAUCUUAAACUAAGUAAGGAAUGGCAGUACUGAAUAGGAAUACAGAAGGUGACAGUUCUAGUUAUGUUGUUAAAUCCAAUCCAAAAAAAAAAAAAAAAUCCCCCUUAUUGUAUACUCGUAUUUCAGACUUUUCAGAAUUAUUUGGGUUAUAGUCAGCUUCUAGUUAUAUGCUUUUCCCAUUUUGAUGUCUGUGAAUAUUAUUAUGCAAUUUACUAAUAAAAAUGUAUCAAACAUGA